GCGCUCCUCUAAUUGGGACUCCGAGCCCGGGCUAUUUCUGGCGCUGGCGCGGCUCCAAGAAGGCAUCCGCAUUUGCUACCAGUGGCAGCGGCAGCGGAGCCAGGCCGGUCCUCAGCGCCCAGCACCGUCACUCCCAGCAGCCCGGAGCGCACACCGCAGGCCAGCGGCCGAGCUCGCGCAUCCCAGCCAUCGCUCCUCCACCUGCUCUGUAUAGAAGGGAAGAUGAGCAAGUCGAACUCGAAGUCCAGCCAGCCCUUGGCCUCCAAGCAGGAAAAGGACGGCACUGAGAAGCGAGGGCGGGGCAGGCCUCGCAAGCAGCCUCCGAAGGAGCCCAGUGAAGUGCCAACACCUAAGAGACCUCGGGGCCGACCAAAGGGGAGUAAAAACAAGGGUGCUGCCAAGACCCAGAAAACCACCACGACUCCAGGGAGGAAACCAAGGGGCAGGCCCAAAAAACUGGAGAAGGAGGAAGAAGAGGGCAUUUCGCAGGAGUCCUCAGAGCAGGAGCAGUGACCACGCCGUGCCACCUGCUUCCUCACCGAGGAGCAGUUUCCUUCUGGGACUGGACAGCUCCGCUCCCACUCCCCCCUCCCCUUCCCCCAGGCCCCACAUCACCGCCACCCACCUGCGUCCUCACCACCACACUACACAGCACACCAGCCGCUGCAGGGCCCUGGUGGCCUGAGUGGGGAGCAGUUUUCCUUUGGUCUCGAUUCCCAGCAACCCCUCGCCCACGAGCACACACUUGCCCUCCUGGACAGAGCUCACUUCCCACUUAGCCGUACCCUGUGCCCACUCCCUCAGCGGUAGGGACAUUGCUGACGGGGCUCCUGGUUUGGGGAUCCUUCUCCCCUCCUCUUCCCUCUGGCUUCCCAUUACGGGGCCUGGGAGGGCUCCCCUGGCCUUAAAAGUGGCCCAAGCCCCAUUCAUUCUGACAUGCCCACUCCACUGUACUGGCAGCAGCAGCAGGUGUGGCCAAGAUGCUCCCAACCAACCUGUGUCUCGGCAGGUGCGGCUCACACCCACUUUUCUUCCUUCCCCACCAUGCCUAGUCCCCGCACUAGGUUGGACGGCCCCCUUGGGGCACAGGAAGGCAGGCAGGAGGGGUUUGAGCCCCCAACCCCCUCUGCUUUCACUCUAGGCCUCGAGGUUGCCCGCUCUUCACAUGGGGCACUAACAAGGAGCUAGCCUUGCCUCCUCCCCCAGUGCCUCCCCAUCCCCCAAGGUUCUGGUUCCAUCUUUCCUCUGUUCACAAACUACCUCUGGACAGUUGUGUUGUUUUUUGUUCAACGUUGCAUUCUUAGACAUCUGUUAUUGCUGCUGCUACCAGCGCCAAAUGUUCGUCCUCAUUGCCUCCUGUCUGUCCACACUCCCCUCCUCCAAGAUGCUCUUAGGGGAAGGAGCCUGGGGCAAAGCAGGCUGGGUGACCGACCACCCCAGUCCCAGGGAGGGUGGGGCCCUGCCCCUAGGAUGCU